AUGCUGCAGGCGGUGGCGAACGCGGAUCUGGAGCGGCUGGCGCAGCUGGCGUCCGUAAUGGACAACCACGCGACGACUCUGGCCGUGCUGCGCAAUGUGGUAUCAGCGGCUUGCCCAGAGGAGGUGAAGACCGUCCAGUACAUCGCACAGGUGCACACGGAGGACGGGCAGGAGGCGAGGUCGGCGAUGAGGGAUGUGGCCGCGGCGGCCAUGUUCGACAUCAUUCGGCGGCAUGUCCUUCAUGGCUGCGCCCUGGCACUCCCGCUCCGGGAAUGCGUCGUGUUGCCCAGCGCGCGUGCCAACGAGAUACUGCAGGGAACGCCGGCGGCAUACGGCCGCGAGAAGCACGUGCCGUGCGGCGGCACGGCGAUGGAGUUCAUGCGCGGCAGCGUCCUGGGCAUCGUCGUGCAGGUGUUGGCCAGCACGCGCGCGUGGGCUGCAGAGCAGGGAUUGCUUCGGCGGGCGGAGCAUGGUUCGCCCAUUGGGGACGGGCUAGUGCUGGCGGGCGGCAGCAUACAUAACGCGCUGCAGCCCGCGUCACAGCGAUUGUCGGUGGCGCAGGCCGACGCGGACGUUUUCGUGGUGGGUGCUGUCAGUGCUGCCGCAGGCGCGCGCAUGGCGGCCCAGUUUUUGGAGGGCCUCGCGCAUCGCGCGGAGGUGGUGCAGGACAGCUUGCUGCUGACGGAGCGCAGCGUCAGCGCGCUGUACGUGAUACCACCAGGUUGCGCUGACGCGGGACGUCGUCUUCGGGUGCAGGUGUGCCUGCGCUCGUAUUUGUCAACAUACCACGUCCUGAACAGCUUCGACUUGUGCGCCUGCAAAGUGGCGGCCCUGCCGACCGGCGCAAUCGUGGCCCAUCCACGGUUUGUGUACGGCUGCGCACGUGGACGGGUGCAGCUGGUGCUGCCAUGCCACCGUCAGCCGGCAACUGGCGCGCGCGUUGCCAAGUACUGGGAGCGCGGGUGGCUGUGCGAGGCAAUUGACGAGGCCGACGAGGGUGUGCUGCACCCGCCUGCUGGGGCGUCGGAGUCGAGCAUGGGCGGCAAUGUCGUGGUCGUCCGUCCCACGACCUGUUCGACGACGGACCUGCUCCAGGUCGCCCUACCGCUCAUGACAUCGUGGGAGGCAGCUUCGGAUGCGGAAUGGCGUGUAGGCAAGGUGGCCUUGCACGAAGCCCGCAGUGAAGUUGUGCCGCAGCGCGCCAAAGCGGUGAUGGCCCGGCGUUGGGCCAUCGCGGCGCUCACCGAGCUGCGGCCUCGCUUCGAGGACAAUGAGGAUUUUAACGCUCAGCUACCAGCGGGCAGUUCAGCGGACGGCUGCAAGUCGCUUGGCGAACUUGUGCGGCGCGACUUUUUUCCGCGCUUGAGGGCCGCUGCUGCUUCGGCCAGGGGCCGCGUGUUGUUUGUCUGCGACUGUGUUGUAGGACAGUUGCCAGGCGGCGACGCGUGCACAGGGCGGCUGGAAAUGGAUUGGCGGGGCUGCAAGGUCGUCGCAGCAGCGCACACGUGCAGCUGUGCAGCAAAGAUUAGGCCAAACGAACGAGUGGCUGCCGGUGUGCAAGUGGACCGGCCUCUGGGGUGCGCCUCUGCAGUGUCGGUGCCAGACGGGAUCCUGUGGUCCGACCAGCAGAACCCGUCGCUGCCGGCCAGCAUGACGGACGUGCUGGGCUUGAGAGCGCGCGGCCGGCUGCUGGAUGUGCUGCAGGUGGAGCUGGUUGCGGCAGAAACACGGGUGAUGUUCACGCCGGUGCUGGGCCGGGUGCCAGUAAAGCACGGCGACCUGGCAACUAUGCAAGGCAAGCUGCAUGACAUCACAGGUCCCACUCCGGUGGUGGUGUGCGGCACCGCCCCUCAGCUCAAGCGGGCUGCCGAGGUGGCGAUGGGCGAGGUGCAAGUGGGGGCUGCCAAGCCAGCUUUGAACGGGCAGCAGGUCACCUUGCUGUUUGCAAAAGUGGAGGUGGACGACCCCGCCGCUGUGGAUCUGGUCCGGUCCAAGGUGGAUGCGCUCGACGUCGGCCAGCUGUGGAGCAAGCUGUCUCGGCAUAAAGCAGCAGGCAGUGCUAUGCACAAGGUGGACAUGGUUGGAAAAGCAUACAUCGCUACCGACAGGAGCAACAUUGCCGGAUGGGAGAAGCUGGUGACAUCGUUUGCCGCGUGCUAUCUGCUGGGCGGCACACCUUUCAACCUGGUGGCGCGUACAAGCAAUCAAGGGGUGCAGCUGCACUUGGAUGGUGGAGACGGACCGCUGUCAGUGAUCCUGUGGUUGCCAGCUGGGCGUGGGACCUUGCAAGGCGGGGCCUUUUGUGUGCCUAGCCUAGGCCUGCAGCUGCUGCUGAACAUGACCCUGGUCGUGCUGGCGGCUGGCGCUUUGGAGCACGGCACCAUCGCGCCAGUGGUACCGCCUGGCACAGCUGCUGGCGCGUGCUGCAAAGGCUGGCGGGUCCCAGGAGCUGCAAGCCAUGCAGGCGCAGGUGCAAGAGAGGCUGAUGCAGGCAAAGACUGCUUGCAGCCGUGCGGCAGUACGUGA